AUGGCGGCGCUGUGGAAGGUUGUCUCCCGGAGCUCAGUCCCGUCCUCCGGGGUCCUCUGGUCCUCUCUCCCCGGAUCCAGAGCUUCUCUCCCCGGAUCCAGAGCCUACAGCUCGGACAGACCGCUCGGCUUCGCUGCUGCCUUCGACCUGCACUCCUCUCUGCGGCAAGACAAGACCUCCAACAGCAGCAGUUUCCCCCAGCUGCUCCGCCAGUCCCCCCUGGUGCAGCUCGGUCCGGCCCGAGGGAAGGUGGUGGUGGGCAGGGUCUUCCAUGUGGUGCGGGACGACCUGUACGUGGACUUCGGGGGGAAGUUCCACUGCGUGGUGAGGAGGCCUGAGGAGGGAGACAAGCUGCAGAGAGGCAGCAGAGUCCGGCUGAGGCUCAUCGACCUGGAGCUCACUGCCAGGUUCCUGGGAGCCUCCAGUGACAUCACCCUGCUGGAGGCAGAGGCCGUGCUGCUGGGCCAGCUGGACCUCAAGGGGGACGAGAACCCGUACCUGAAGGAGGCAGAGGCCCUGCUGCUGCGCCAGCUGGACCUCAAGGGGGACCAGAACCAGGACCUGAAGGAGGCAGACGCCCUGCUGCUGGGCCAGCUGGACCUCAAGGGGGACCAGAACCAGGACCUGAAGGAGGCAGACGCCCUGCUGCUGGGCCAGCUGGACCUCAAGGGGGACCAGAACCAGGAGCUGAAGGAGGCAGACGCCCUGCUGCUGGGCCAGCUGGACCUCAAGGGGGACCAGAACCAGGACCUGAAGGACAAGGACCAGGACCUGAAGAACAAGGACUGAAGGACCUGGAUCCUUUGUUUGUGGACUUUAAGCUUCUCUGUGAACCAGGAGAAGACUGGACUCAUGUUCAUUCAUUAUCAUUCUAUAAUAAAUAUCUUUAUAUGAACAAAA